UACAGCUGUCGGAUACAAGCGUCUGGCGUACAUGUAAAAAAACAUGAUAUCUAUGACGAGUUUAUAUAACAUCUUUUUGUGGUAUAAUUAUAUUAUGUUUUGAAACUUGUUAAAAUACACCAGGAAAAUGUUUUUCUUCAAAGCAUUUCUAUUUUCAUCUUUCCUGUUCGGAAUAUAUUCCAAAUCAAUUCAAAAUUCUACAAAUGAGGAACAAGAUUCGACUUUCCUCCGAAACGAAGUUAAAUUUUUAAAAGAAAGAUUAGAUAAUUUGACAGAGAUAGUAGAAAAAGGUACGAAAAAUCGACAGAAAAGCGUCUUAUAUUUCGUUCGACUGUCAUCCAAGACUACCUUAAAUAUAAACUCCAUAGUCAAAUAUGACAAAGUCAUCACAGAUGAAGGAGGGAACUUUAAUCCUGGAGAUGGAAUAUUUGUGUGCCCGGUAACAGGAAUUUAUCUUUUUUCGUGGACAGUUUUCACUGCUAGCAGUAAAAUAGUAGACACCGAACUCAGAGUAGACAAUGUUAUCAUAGACAGCAUGUAUGUCUACAUUGGAACAUCUAGCCAUGUCCCUGCAACUAAAGUUGUUUUGUGUCAAGUGAAAAAGGGGGAUCAUGUAUGGAUUCAAACAUCUGCACAUACUACUGAAAACGUUUUUGAAACUCCUACUGCAAGUAGAAGUUCCUUCACUGGGAUGUUAGUUCAUGAAAAUUAG